AUGGGAUACGGCGACGCGAGCGCCAAGUCGAAGAAGGCUGACAAAGCCGCGGCCGCCGAAGAGGCAUCAGCCUCCCGUCCGAUGCCGGAGCAGCCCAGCCAGUCGUCUCGGCGCGACCGUCCUGGCGCGUCGCAGAGGGCGAAGGAGGACGACGCGUGGGCGGAGGGCGCCAAGGGGCAGAACAAGAAGAAGGCGGCCGAGGAGGAGAAGAAGGCGGCGGCGGCGGAGCGGAAGGCGGCGGCGCGGGCGCAGGAGGAGGAGGAGAAUGCGGAGCUCGCCAAGCCCAAGGGCGGCGGCAAGGACGGCAAGAAGAAGGCGGGGGGGUCGUCCAAGAUGACGCGCGCCGAGAUCGCGGCCAAGGCGAUGGCGGCGAUGGAGGAGCAGAAGAAGGCGGAGAAGAAGAAGCAGAAGCAGAUUGAGGCGACGGGAGGGAACGAGUACAUUGGCGCGGUGCACGAAAACACCAACCGGGCAGAGGGCGUCGACGCGUCGGGCAUCGACGACGCCAUUGCCGCGCUCGACGUCGGCGGCGGCGGCGGCGGCGGCGGCGGAGGGCCGAAGAGGGUCAACCGGAAGGCGCUGUACAAGGAGUUUGAGGAGCGCGAGCUGGCGCGGCUGAAAGAGGAGAACCCGGGCCUCAAGCUGUCGCAGCUAAAGGAGCGCGUCUCCAAGGCUUGGGAGAAGAGCCCCGACAACCCCGACAACGAGUAGGCGAGCUAGGCUGGGCGUGCUUGACGUAGCUCGUAGGAUAUCUUUAAUCUUAAGGCCCCGCGU